GGAUAUUUUUCCAGUAGCCACUGUCAUCGUUGGAAACUUAAACAAACAGGUGUGGCACGAUAAAGACCCCUUCCUGCUCAAAGGCCGUAAGCAUCUAGCAUAACCAGUAAGCCUAAAUUACCAUCAAUGGUGAAGUCUCCGUAUGAAUUAAACAACAUUCAACCAACAAAUCCUCAUAUUUUACAGUGUAAUUAAAGUUGUAGCUGAUCAAUUUUCAGAACCUUGAAAAUAAUAUCGAACUUAAAACAUUAAUUAAUAGCAUAUGAAUCUAACUCUAAUUUGUUGAGUACUUCCGUUAACAAAUAAAACAGGAAUAGGGAAAUUUUUGUUUCCCCGACCUCAAAAUAUGCCAUGAUUGUACCGUGAAAUUCCAAUGAUCAAUGUAGAAGUAAGCCAGCUAUGCGCCAACUUGGUCCCUUCCAUGUUUUUAUUCACUUGGUUAUCUUAUGGAUUUCGGCAAAAGAUUCGAAUUCAUCCAAUAACACAUGCGAUGGAGAAUGCUGUGAAGGUUACAUAUGGGACACCAAGGGUACUAGUUGUAUAGAAUGUGCUGUUGGAUAUUAUGGAGCAAAUUGUUCUGAGAAGUGCCCGCCACCUUCCUAUGGACAGCACUGUCAAAACACCUGCAAGUGUGAGAACUGUGAUCACGUCAGCGGAUGUGAGGUCAGAUCUACAGCCAUGAGACAUAUACCUGUCACGACUGCGACAGUGCAACCAUCGGGUGCGAGAUGGGCGGGGAACAUCGGUUCUAAUGGUGACAAUAAAACGAAAACUAUUGUAUAUCCAAAAUCAGUAUCGCCUAAGUCAGAAGACUCGAAUCAAGGUUUAUACGCUAUCGUGAGUGUCAACUCUCUUCUUACUCUCCCUGUAACGGUCGCUGUCAUCCUUUUCCUCUGCAAAAAAUUCUACAAGAAGAAACCAAAGACGGACAAUGUGGAGAUAGAUCAUGUUGACCCCUGUUACAACGACCUGAAUGAAUUCAACACCUGUGUGAAAACGUCCGAUUACGACGCAUUGUCUAACUGUGCAGAAGACACCGACACAGCUUCGUGCACGGCGAACUAUUUAAUUCGUAGUCCACUGCAACGUAAGGCCAGGGAGAAUAGUUACGUUCCUGUCAGGGAAAGAAAGCCCAAAGAAAACGACGAGACAAUAACAAACCAAGAUAUUUAUUCAAAAAUCCAACGAAAAGAUGUCGUGAUCGAAACAGGUUAUCAUUCAAUGGACGGAAGUAUUGUGAUUGAAUCCCUAGAAUGCCAAGAUUCUCUCAAUACCCUCCAAAGAAGCGAGGAAUCUUUGUAUAUUGUUCCUUUGGUACCCACAAUUGAAGAACCAGGAAUUCGAAUCAAGUCUUCAAUAGAAAUGACAAGCUACAAACAAGAUGAGAGCGAACUGGAGGAUGCUGGGAGAGAGGGUGAAAUUUACGUCACCGUGGUGUAAGAACGGGAAGCGCAAUUUUUCAUAGCACUGUCUUUAUUAUUAUUAGCAUUAUCAUACAGUUAGCCUGUAAAAUUAAGAAUUUUUAAAAUGAAAUUUUGCCCUUCAAACCACCACUUACAUACAUAUAUGUACUGAUAGAGACUGGAAGAUGGUAUGGUGUUCUACAAAAUGAAAGACUAUGUACAUGAUAUGAGAAAGGAGGAAUAUGUUAUGAUUUCCACCUCAUUUUUCAGUGUUCAACAUCUUCACAACUAAGGAAAAAUCUUUAUAAAGCAGUUUAUGAAUGAAAAAAUAAUAAAAAACAAAAACAAAAAACAAAAACAGCAAAAAAAAAAAAAAAAAAAAAAAAAAAAAAAACAACACCCCCCCCCAAAAAGACCCCAAAACAACAAGGCGUUCUGAAGUUUUCUGAAUUUUUGUCAAGCCAAAUAUGAAACCAUUAAGAAACCGUUGUGAUUUAUUUCACAUGUUUGACAUUUUAUGUACCUUUCUGUUACAUUUAAAUGUAUUGCUACCAUAUUUAUACACAUGUUAUAUGCCUUUCUGUAAGUCAUACAUUAUGCAUUGUUUCAUAUAUGAACCUCUUGCCAUUAUUAUAUCUAUUUCUUGUACCUCAUGUAGCAUUUCAUAUGGCUGGACUCAAUAAAUUUAAAUUUAAUUGGA